CAGACAAUAAGCGGGACAGGAAUGAAUUGCGGACAAAGUAUUGUAACUGACUUUAACAUUGUGAUACCCUAAUCCUCAAAAGAACAGAAUGUCCAAACUCGUUUCAUCACAUGCUCAGACUACACAAGGUGAUUUGUUAUCACAAUAUGACUUUCAACUUUGUUCAAAUGCAGAACGAUUAAGGGAAUCGUUGGAUUUACGUAUGAAAGUAUUUCAUAAUGAACAAGGCUUUCCAGCUGAUACAGAAGUGGAUGAAUAUGAUCCUAUUUCAGCGCAUUUCUUGGUCAUCAGAAGAAACGAACAAAAGACAGUUGCAACGGUUCGAUUGACACCUUAUCCAAGAAAAGAAUGGCUAGGGUACAAAGAAGAAGAAGAACAAGGAUAUGUACAAGAACAAGAUGCAACAAGUGUUGUCACUUCUGGAGGAGGUCCUGGUGGCACCAGUGGUGGCUUGCCCAUGUCAACUGGACCAACAGAAAGCAAUAUACCCGAAUCAAAGACAAAUAUCGCCCCGCCUGAAGCAAGUGAUGAUGCGAUUGCAAAAGCUGAAUAUCCGCUGGGAAGACCGUUGUCAAUCGCGCAGCUAAGUGGAAGAUUUAAUAAAUCAGCCCAUGGAACAGGCCGAAUUGAUGAGGAACAUGGUGCACCACAAGUACGAGGUGCAAAAUUGAGCAGAUUGGCUGUUUUAAAAUCAGAACGUGGAAAAGGUUUGGGAGCAUUGGUAAUGCAUCAAGUCGAAGGAUGGCUCAUUGCCCAAUACCUAAGAGGCGAAGAGAUCAUCAAUAUGGACGAUAAAACCAAAACACCUUCUCCACCACCUCCAUUCGUUGUGGUCGUCAGUAGUCAGCAACAUGCUAUUCCAUUUUAUGAAAAGUUGGGCUAUUCGGUUUAUGGAGAUACAUACGACGAGGAAGGCGCUCCCCAUAAUUGGUGCGUUAAGACUUUGGUCGAUUCGAGAACGGAAAAGAGGCAACCUAAAGUGCAAGAAACAAUAAGUUCUACAGAUGAAUCGGCACUGAUAACAGAUUAGCAUGUCAUGAUAUAAAACUUACAACUUUGAUGAAAUACGGAAAAUGUACUCUUGAGCGGUGUGAAAAAAGCAUGAGUCG